UUAGAAAUAUUUUUCUACAUAAUUAUUUAAUGAAUUCACAAAUUUUGGAGUUUACAAUUUCAAAAAAAUUUACACAUUCGCUGAAUGCAAAAAGCAAGAAACAAUAUCCGCGUCAUCCCUGGACCAGUCCCUGUAUCAAUCUCUCUCUCCCUCUGUCUCUCAAGUCUCACUCUCAUUCAGAUCCCUCUCAGGACCUCUCUCAAUCAGAUCUCUCUCAGGGUCUCUCUCUCUCUCAUUCAGAUCCCUCUCAGGGUCUCUUUCUCAAUCUCUCUCUCCCUCUGUCUCUCAGGUCUCUCUCUCAUACAGAUACCUCUCAGGAUCUCUCUCUUAUAGCUUCUCUCAUUCAGAUCCCUCUCAGAGUCUCUCUCGGUGCCUCUCGCAGAAAUUGUUUUAUCUUGUUCUCACUUGUCCCUUCUCUUCACAAAUUCAAAGUAUUUGAUCAAAUAUUUAUAAUUUUAUCAUUUAACCCAGUCCUCACUAAAAAUAAUUUAUUAUUACGUCUCUUAAACGUCUAA